AUGACUAAGUGGGGGCGGUACGGCCCCGCGCAAAGCGAGUUUGAUUACACCCCCGCGACGGUGCGCGAGAGCGUGCGACGCAGCCUCGCGCAGCUGAACACGGACUACCUCGACGUGGUGUAUCUGCAUGACGUGGAGUACGUGUGCACCCCUGUCGGCCCACAGGAGGCUGGGGACCACACAGCCGCGCUCGCGGAGGUGCGAGCAGCCGAGUACGGGCUCGCAUGGGGCGCGGAGGGGAAGGUGUGGGGCGAGGGCGCCCUGAAGAUCCUCGACGCCCUGGCGGAGCUGCGCAAGAUGCAGGGGGAAGGGUUCAUCCGUGCGGUCGGCAUCACAGUUACGGCCUUAACCCGGCUACACCCUCCCGAUGCAGGAUUAUUCUCUCCCGUGGGGGAUUUUGGUGUCCUCUCCACCUCGCGUUGGACGACAUUAAGCCAUCCAGCGUUCCCAAACUACGACACCCAAGUCGGACCCUUACGCAAGAUCCCUCCGACCAGGGCAUACACCGGUUACAUUGACAUCGAGGCUCGUCACCUGUUCUUCUAUUUCUUCGAGAGCAGGAACGACCCGACCAAUGACGAUGUCAUAUUCUGGACGAACGGAGGACCGGGCUGCUCAUCAUCUCUGGGCCUGUUCAUGGAGCUUGGUCAGAUUGACUUCUCUGUAGUUCUAGUUGUGACAUUUAUGCAAAAUUUUCGGAGCGGGACACAUGGUAGGUUUAUAGCCGCGUUCUUCUCCGGCCAGGCGGCGCUCCAGGUGUAUUGGAUUCGACAACUGUUCAACCUAAAUGGCGAGGGAUAUCGCAGGCUCGACGUCUCUCCGCCGAACACCUCCAGGGCCCUUAAUAAGUCAAUGGCCGAGACAAACUGCGACGAGGAAGCCGUGUAA